AGAUAUGUAAUCAAAUAUAAUAAAUAUUAUACUUCAAACAAUGUCUCGCAGUACAGAUAUAGUAUUUAUGACUGAAUAUAUAAAACAUGUAUUGUAUUUUGCUACAGUCAGACAAGGAAAAAUUCUCAAGCACACCAAUGAUACCCAUUAUUUUUCUAUUGAUGACGAAUUAAUUUAUGAAAACUAUUACUCCGAUUUCGGACCGUUGAACUUAGGAUGCGUGUAUAAAUACUGUAAUAUUUUAAACGAAAAAUUAAAACAAUACUUGAAUAAGCAGCGUAUUGUUCAUUAUUCUUCAAUAGAUCCAAAGAAAAAGGCCAAUGCUGCUUUUCUUAUAGGAUGUUACGGUGUGUUAUAUCUGAGCUUACAACCUAAGGAUGCCAUAAAGCCUUUAGUUGCUUAUGGUCAAAAUUACAGGCCAUUUCAAGAUGCAACUCAAGGAGAUUCAAACUAUACAAUUUCUUUACUGGACUGUCUUCAAGGAUGUGCCAAAGCUCGUGAUUUAAAUUUCUUUAAUUUCCAAGAUUUUAAUUAUGCAGAAUAUGAUAGACUAGAUAAAAUACAAGGCGGUGAUCUCAAUUGGAUUUUACCUUGUGAGUAUAAAAUGAAAUUCGAGUUAAAUCAUUUUCCGUGUGUCGCUUUUUUAACUGUAAAUAUAGGUAAAUUUUUAGCAUUUAUUGGACCGGUGGACUACUGUUUGGCUCUUUAUCACCCUCCUGAAAUGUAUAUCGAUUAUUUUAAAGAAAAUAAUAUCAAAAUUGUUAUAAGACUAAACAAAAGUCUUUAUGACGGAAAUGUGUUUUCUAAUGCAGGAAUUACACACUAUAAUUUAUUUUUUCCUGAUGGAUCGUGUCCUCCUCGACAUAUACUAUUAAAAUUUUUACAAAUUAGUGAAGAAUGCGACGGAGCUAUUGCAGUUCAUUGCAAGGCAGGUUUAGGUCGCACUGGGUCACUGAUUGGAUGUUAUUUGAUAAAACAUUAUCGGAUGACUGCCCAUGAAGCUAUAGCUUGGAUGAGAAUAUGUAGACCUGGCUCAGUUAUUGGUCACCAGCAGGGAUGGUUAGAAGAGUUGGAGCCGUGGUUAAUUAAACAGGGCAAUUUAUAUAGGAGACGCAAUUACCAUGACGUUGACAAAAUGCCAAACCAUGAUUUUGGUAUCUACUCUAUUGCUGAGAAAUCGCAUCAGCAAAGGCCGUUAUUGAGCACCAAAUCGCAAUCACCGCCGCCUCCAAUUCAAAGGCUUUCACGAUCAGACAGUAUUUCUCCAUCAGCACGACCGAUAGCAUCCAAAACAAGAGAAGCUGCUAAUAAAACGACCGAAAAAUCGCAACGUGCGUGGAAGGAGACAGUGAACACUGGGCCAAAGCUUCCUAUCAAAGGUGCAUCACAAGACCUCAGUGGAAUCUCAAGACGUGGAAUUGGAGCAGGCGAACCGCGUGCUGUGCGCCCGUCAGUACGGAACCGAAACCGAAUUGAAACAAGUGAUAGAAAUUGCUUUAGAAACUUUAAUGUCCCAACAUUUCCUUCAAAUCAGACACCAAUCGCAGUGACAUUGGAUGAGGUUCGGAACAUUUUAUUGCGAAAUUCUACAUUUAAAAGAGCAACGGUAUCCAGUGAUCAAAGGUCACCUUUAUUUAGCGAUCAAAGAGAAAAGCUUUUGGAUUCUACCGUUAUAGUCAAACCACAAUAUAAUGUAAGAGGGUCUAACGUAUUAAAUAAACGUCCAAUUCCUGGCACUGUUCCAAAAAUAACAUCGUCAACAUACACAUAUCACACAGGUCCAACCCAGCCUCAACAAAGGCGUCGUCUUGGUCGAAGUCCCAGUCCACCUAUUAUUAAAAUGAUGAACGAAAAAUCUCGAGCAACAAAUACUGCUCCAACUGUAGAAGUUUACCAAAAUCAUGAAUCCAAAACUAAUUUAAAAGGACAGCUAUCAAGGCUAAAAUUAAUCGCGCCGAGGCACGGCUCCAUCGGUGCCGCGUCACUGGGCGCGCAGCGGGGCGCGCCUCCCGACCCUCGGCAGGCCCCCUCAGUACGCUCUGACGAGCGACCACUCGCCACACAGGGAGACAUGCUAAACAGCAUCAAGUUCCAGAGAAGACUUCGUGAUACCAUCACUGCGGAAAGAUUGGAAAAGCAAGGAAUUAGUAACAUCACAGAGAAACCUAGCGCGGGUCUGGCAAGAGGACGCUACCGCAAUCCACGGCCGAGCUCGUCUAAAGGAAGAUAUCCACAUCCGUCUUUUUACUAAUACAUUUAUGACUUAGUUUGGAACUGCGGACUUAUUUAGCUAGACACCGCAAGCGUUUUCGAAAAAAUUGUGCAAAGAAGCUGUUUGCCGCUAAUUUUUUUUGAUAUGAAACGUCAUAAGUAGCAUGUCAGUGACUGUUGACCGACGGACGUCUCACCACGUUAUAAACCGACAUAUUAAAAGCCCAUCCCUUUAAUAAAUAAAUCAUUACUUCAUCAAAAAAUGUAUGGGUCGGUGGGCAUUCUCCUUUAUAUUUAUACAAUUUCAAUGUUGGACAACUAAUAUCCGUCCCAAGUUUAUUUACAACAUCGACCAUUUCUCAGACGUAACGAUUACCUACAGUGAUUUUAUUUUAUUUGGACAUAACGAAAUAAUUAGAUAAUUACUACUAAGUUAACAGCAUCGUAGGUAGUAAAAAUUUAACACGGAUAGUAUUUCAUUAACAAACGGCUUCUAGCUAAAUAUUACUCCGUGCUUUGAACCGUUGGUGUACUGUAGCGAUAUUGUUGUCAAAUUAUAAGUUUUUUGACGUUGAUGUUAAUUUGUCUAUCAAGAUUGCGAAAAUGUUUGUUUUUUUACCACAUUGUCGACAAAAUUGGUGAAUUGAUUUGUGGCGUCCGAAUCCAGAUAAGAUUCAACAAAAUAAAAUACAACACAAUUAAAAUA